AUGCACCCAGUCGGAUUCCUUGAGUUUUCUUCCCAGGAUGCCGCGCGGUGGGAUGAUGUCUUGUCAUCGGACCGGCAACGAGCGGUGCUGAGAAGCUUGCAGGCUGCGACAUCCUUGGGAAUUCCGGAAGCCGACAUGUUGGUGCAAGAGUUGGCCGCGGACUUCUGCCGCUGCGAACGCCUGGCACGGGCGGCGCGCCGGGCGCAUGCGCAGGUCGCGAAACAGAGCAAACCCAAAGCUGCGCAGGUGGAACGCUGGCGUUUGGCGCCUUUUCGUUGCGUCGCAGAAGUCGAAAGGGAGGAAGCGCGACCCCACACGGAGCGCGGUCCACGAAGUCCACGCGUCCUUCGGCCACUGGAUUUGCAGAUCGGACCCGUGCGCAGCUGCGAUGGCUUGGACGUGGGGGGCCCAAAAAGGGGCCCGGGCCCAGGCUGCGGAUGUGAAUCCCAUGGAAACUCUGAGGUCCCAAGAAAACUCAGGGGAUGA